AAACUGUUCUUGCUUUGCUUCAGUGCUUGCUUGUUAUUUUCUUGUUUUCGGAGUGCGAAAAUGUGAUAUUAUAUGAAAUAAUUAUGGAAAAUUUACUGAAUACAUAUUGCCGUUUUUGCGCAGAACCCAAGAGUCCAGAAAAAUUGCACGAUUUGCGAGAAGACGAUAAGAGAUACCAGGAAAUCUUGUUAAAGUUGUCAUUUUUGAACGCACAGUAUGUCGCUGUGAAUUGCGAUAAUACGCUUCCAAAAACCGUAUGUUUCAUCUGCUAUGACUCUCUAAAUAAAGCUUACGACUUCCUCGACAGAGUAAAGAGAGCGCAAGACACAUUAUCGUGUUUAUUUUCUAGAAAUGUCGAGAAAUUCAAUGAUUUCGACGAUGACGAUCGUAUGCCAGGAUUCGAAGAUUUCUUGUCCCAAGACACUGACGAGGCUGUUAAAGAGGAGAACAUUUCUCCAAAAACUGGUCACUGUAUGUUAGAAACCACUGUAGAAGUAAAAAAUGAACCAAAGGAGGAAUACACGGACCAAGCUAACUUUUCUGACAUUUUAACCACUCCAGGACAAUGUGGCCAAACGUUGGACGUCCACGACAUCAUAGAGGCUGCAAUUUGCAGUCUACCAAUGAAUUCAAAUGUGGAAAUUUAUGCAAAAGACUUGUCGGAUUUAGGUAAAACAGAAAUUAAAACAUGGAAGGACUAUCCAUGGAUGUGUGCCUUAUGUGACAUAGAGUUCUUAGAUAUGGAAACUUUGAGGUUGCAUGCUAAGGCCGUGCAUGGGAAAUGUUCUGUGUUCCUGUGCAUUGAUUGUAAGAUAGCCAGGAAAGAUAACUUCACUUCUUUCAUCAAACAUGUUAGGAAACAUAGAAAGACUCUAAGAAACUACUGUUACUACUGCAACGCCAUGCUGGACAGAGAAUCAAUCGGCCCUCACCUGAAGCAACAUAUACAGAAGUCACAAAUACCAUGUCCUCUUUGCGGAGAAAUCCUCAAAAACGAAGAUGCUCUAAAAUCACAUCUACAGGAAUAUGGCUCCAUCAAAUCCAAGCGGAAGCCUCGACGGAAGCCCGGAACUCCAAUCACAGUUGAGGAUUUAACUUGUUCGUUAUGCAAAAAGGUUUACAAAAAUCCAAACAGUCUACGAGACCAUAUGAAAUUGCACAAAAUUGAUAGGAAACGGAAUUACACUUGUGAGAGGUGCGGCAAAAUGUUUUACAAUAAAGGUACGCUUACUUCUCAUAUCAUGUCACAUGAUAAAGUUAAACCACAUGUGUGUAGGAUAUGUAAUAAGUCGUUUUUAUACCCAAAUAUGUUGCGGAGACAUGUGGAAAUGCAUUCUGGUAUAAAACCAUUUUCAUGUGAACAAUGUGGACGUUGUUUUCGAUUGCAGUAUCAAUUGAAUGCCCAUAAAAUCGUGCAUACAGAUUCAAUGCCUUAUAUAUGUCAGUAUUGCAAUAAAGCUUUCCGUUAUAAGCAGAUCUUGAAGAACCAUGAACGGCAGCAUACUGGAGCUAAGCCGUAUUCGUGUCAGCAAUGCGGUAUGGAGUUUACAAAUUGGUCUAAUUAUAACAAACACAUGAAACGUAGGCAUGGUACGGACACUUCGAAGAAGAAAAUCACACCGGAAGGAGUCUUUCCCAUUAAUUCAGAAACUGGACAGAUUAUACAAGUGGAAAACAGUCUUGGAAUGGAGGAAUGGAAAAGUAAAGUCAUGAUACCAGCGAAAAGAGGCAAGAAAAAGUUGAUAAAACAAGAAUGCGGCAGUUAAACAUUGCAAAAGAAUUUAGUUUUAAUUUGAAUGUGGACUACAGCAUGAACUGUAUGGCGGCGUAGCGGUUAGCGGUGUGGUGCCUCGGUUUGCAAUAGUGGCGAUUAAGUCACUCUCACAAUAGUUGGUCAUUGGAUGGGUGACCAAAAAUGACCAAUCUUGAGCUGCUCCGUGCUUCGGGGGCAUGUAAAGCUGUUGGUCCCGGUUGUAUUUGAAGUCGUUAAAACCCGCCAAUUCGCUGUGUGCCCGCGCGGUGGGCCAUGGCCCAUACACCUUAUCCAUAGUCUGUGCCCCAGUAGUGGGGCGUUUAAAUGGCUGAUGUUGAUGAGGAAUGUAGAAUUUAGAGUUUUUUUUAAUCACAAUGCAAUAAUAAUAACUAUGCACUAAAAAUAUUAUUUAUGUAAAAUCUGAUUGUUGUAAAUAGUUUUAUUUUUGCUGAUCUUUAUUAUUUGUAUUCUGUUAUACAAGAAUUGCACAUAAAAAGGAGAAUAUAUACAUAAUUACAUCUGUAUACUAUAAUUUGCAUUAGGCGACCUUAUCGCUGUAAGCAAUUUCUAGACGACAUUUUGGAAAUUGGAGAGAAAUACGUGCCUGGUUGCCUAUUACAGGCUUUUGCGCAGGUAUACUCAAACUUAAAAAAAAGAUCACAAAUUAUUAAAUAACUUUUUUACUACCUACCGUACUCUUGCUUCUCACGUUAAAUUUCUUCGAGAUUAUUUAUUUCAAACAACAAAAUGAACUUUUAAAACUAGAGAUAACGUUUUUAUUUUAAAAACAACGUCUUUUUACAAAAGUGACAUUUACGCCAAGCUUUUUUGUCAACUUACUACUGUUACUGCAUUCAACGCGUGCGUAAAAAAAGUAAUGUCCUUGCAGUAAACCGUUCAAGAGUAAAAAGUCCCUCGUUGGCAGUCGAUCCUGAACCUGGUAAAAUAUUGUUAAAAAUGUUUUUUUUUUGUCACAAUGUCAUUGUAAAUUUAAGUUGUUAUGAAUAAUAUUGUAAGUAGGUACGUAACGUUAAUAAAAAGUAUUAUUUAAAUAGAAAAAUAUGUAUGUAGGUACACAUAUUUUUAUAUAAUAGAACAUUUUAUAAAUAAAAAAAAUACCACGA